UCUCAAAUCAGCUGUUUGAAGUGGAUUUUUUUUGGAGCCGAAAGUUGGAUUUUUCCUCUCCAAAGAGAAAAAAAGUCUGGUUAUCCAAAUCCAAAACAUUAUUUGCGCUAAUUCCAAAGAUGAAUACAAUAACAAAACUAUGUCGAAGGCAUCAAAUCUUCCUCCAACUCAAAUCACAUUCAAAAUCAGCCACAAUCUACCUUAACAACAGCAGAACACUGAGCAGUAGAGUAACAUCCUGGCCAAGACUUACCACAACAAGACAACCUCAUCAAACCAUCCCAGCCAAGAAUUAUUCCACAAAAGAUAAACCUGAAAAACCCAAUUGUAACAUUGGAACCAUUGGUCAUGUUGAUCAUGGCAAAACAACUCUUACAGCCGCAAUAACAAAAGUUCUAGCCAAAAAAGGUCUGGCCGAUUACAUACCUUACGAUCAAAUUGACAGAGCUCCUGAAGAAAAAGCUAGAGGUAUCACAAUCAAUGCCUGUCACAUUGGUUAUGCAACCGAUUCAAGAACAUACGCCCACACCGACUGUCCUGGUCAUGCUGAUUAUAUUAAAAAUAUGAUCUCAGGUGCGACACAAAUGGAUGGAGCUAUUAUUGUUGUGGCUGCUACCGAUGGACAAAUGCCUCAAACAAGAGAACAUCUUUUGCUGGCAAAGCAAGUUGGCAUACAGAAAAUCAUUGUCUAUGUGAACAAAGCUGAUUUGGUGGAUAAGGAAGUCCUUGAACUGGUAGAGAUUGAAAUGCGGGAAAUGCUCAGUGAUUUUGGCUUUGAUGGCAUUAACAGUCCAGUGGUUUAUGGCUCUGCGCUGUUAGCGCUGCGAGAAGAUCAAUCCGAGUAUGGAGUUCCUUCGAUUGAAAAACUCCUUUCGCACGUAGACAAUUUCAUUCCGACACCAACUCGAGAUUUCAAGUCGCCAUUCAUUCUGCCAAUUGAUAAUGCCUUCACAGUAUCAGGAAGAGGAACUGUUGUUGUGGGCACAAUCAAAAGAGGUACCAUCCUAAAGAACGAUGAAGCAGAUUUAUUGGGAUUUAAUCAAAACAUCCGAACAACAGUCAGUGAUAUACAGAUCUUUAAAAAGAGUGUUCCACAGGGAUUAGCUGGAGAGAAUGUUGGAGCAUUGUUGCGUGGGGUUAAGAUUUCAAGAGUCGAACGUGGAAUGUUACUUUGUGCAGCUGGUUCUGAAGAUAUUUCAAAUCAUUUCGAAGGAUCAAUGUAUUUGUUGUCACGAGCAGAAGGUGGCCGAUCAAGGCCGCUUAUGUCGAAAUAUAUUCAACAGUUGUUCAGUACGACGUGGAAUGUUCCCGCAAGAAUUGAUUUAGUUCCUUCUAAUGGAAUGAUGAUGCCUGGAGAACAUGGCAAAGUUUUGAUAACUUUAUUUAGGAAAAUGGUAAUGACACCGGGACAGGCAUUUACUAUUCGUGAAAAUGGUAUGACUGUUGCCACGGGGAUAAUAACAGAUCGAAAGCCAUCUAUUAACCUGCCGAGAAAUAAGUUAGCAAAUGUUAUAAUGCAAGAAGAUGCUGUCUAGUCUUAUAGCGUUUUCGUUUGGGAAUUCUUAGAAGCGUCCGGGACUGUCCGAUCCGGAAUGCCAAACGAUCAGAGUUAGAUACUUUUUUUUUAUUCUGAAGUUUGGGUUCCUUUGUAUUUGUGAAACAUCAAAUGCGAACGUCUGAUGAAAGUUUUGUUUUGUUUAUUUUUUUUUUAUUAUCAUUAAGUUAUCUAUUUUUGUUUUCUUUCUUCGCAUUAUUUUAAUAUAGUUUGAAGUUUGUGCAUAGUUAAAAAUCUUGAAAUUGAGAAAUGAAUAACAAAGAAUGACAUUUCAUUACUUUGACGUCUUAAGUGUUAACAUGUGUGCGUGAUUCUGGUUUUGAUUCUGCCUCAAAAUUCGGAAUCGAUUUUCUCUUCUUUUCAGAAUUAGAACUGUCAUUGAGUGCCAAACGAUCAGUUUCAGAAUCGUUCGGGAGAAUUCCGGACAGUCCCGGACGACCAAACGAAAACGCUAUAAGUGAAUUAAUUCGUUCAGCUCAAAAUCCCAUUACAAUUAACAAUCUACGAGCAAUUUUUCACAAAAAUUGUAAAAUAAUAAAAAAAUUUUGUUACACCAACUCUUGACCACAUACAAAAAGUUAACAUUUUUUUGAAUAAUAAGCGCGCACCUAAGGAAUUAAUCUACCCUUUUACUUUUUUUUUAAUUACAACUACAAAUUUGUAAUUGUAAAUUGUAUUUGGUGAAACGAUGCACCAACGAAACAGAUAUCUGGGCAAACACCAGGUUCUAGUUAAAGGUGUACCGUCUCUUAAAAUACUCCAAUAAUUCAAUACCUUAGAGGUAUCAUAUGAAGCUGGAAAUCCUGCUUUAAGAAGUAACUUGCAGAGCUUAAAUUGGGGGCUCAAUAGAUCUUAAAGGUUUCAGUGCAAAUUUCCCAAGUUCAUUCAAAUCCUUAUGUAGCUUCCUUGUUACACAGUAAAUGUAACCCCUUCACGUUAGUAGGUAGGUCGGCUAAGAAGCACAUGACUUAGAAUAGUUGAAGAGGAAUCUGUGCACAACUGACGAAAAGUAAGGGCUUAAAUUCUCUAAAAAUCAAACACAACGGCGCGGUGCUUGGGAAUAGUGGAGCCUCUUUGCCUUUUUGAACCCAUCGGAUUUUUUUAAUAUGACUGAUAGUGAAGAUAGCGAGAUUGAAAUUUCAUUGCCGCAAGAUAAUGAAACGGACGAAUGUAUGGAAUUUCAAAUUGGUCUAAUGAUAGAACCAGAGACACAAGAAAUAUCCAUUGUCACAUCAAAUGGAAACAAAACAAAUUCCCAAUUAUUAGUAGCUCCAACAAACAAUGAUUCUGCGAAGAGAAAAAGAUUAAACUCAGAACAAUCCCAUUCAUCAAGAAGUACAAUUUUUCCAUAUCCAUCGACAUCCAAAUCAAUAACAAACCAUAGAAACGAUGCUCUUGAUACAGCUACAAUUUUAAGUGCUAUAGAUAAUUUGCGAAAACUGAUGACAGAAGUAGCUGCCAAAACAGAUAAGCUCUGCGAAGAAUUUAAGGAAAUUAGAAAUCAUACAACUGCAUGGCGGGAGACUGCAGUAGUCGAUAGAACAUCACUUGGUAUUCCGUUAGGGACCAAAGAAGAACUGAAAAGUUUUGAAGAAAAAAUUAAAAAUGAUGAUGUGCCAAGGGCAUUGUUU